UUUAAUAAAAUUAGUUAGUUGGCCGUGUUGCCUGUGCUAUAUUGCUUUCCAAAAAGUGGCAACAGUCCCUGGUUUGCUUCAGUUUGUGACUGAGAUGGGCAGCUCUGGAACUGGUUCCUGUUUUGGUCAAGUUCUUUGUUUUUAAGCUCUUGCUCACAAGUUAGGAAAACCAUUUUUCCAUCAAGUAACUGAGAAAGCUGAUGUGCUGAUAAAACUAGGAUAAAUUGCACCUUCUGAUUUUGUAAAAGAAUACUUACAUUUGCCAUUCUGUCUUAAGAGGAAAGAAAUAUGUUUGUAUGUCAUCAUAUAUACGGCAGUACAUGAUAGUUCAUGACACUUUAAAAGAUGUCCUUUGUCUUGAAUGGAGUAAACGGGGGAAAUCUAGGCCUCAACGCUUCUCUGCUGCUAUUCUGCUCUUCUUUUAUUUCUUGCUGCUAAUUGGAUUAAUAGGUUACUAUGGCAUCCCGUGAGGAGAUUACUAUCUGUGAAGAUGAAGUAAGGUCUCUCUACAGCCACUUAGAGAAGAUGACAGAUUUGGUGGCUGUUUGGGAAGUAGCUUUAAGUGAUGGUGUUCAUAAGAUUGAAUUUGAGCAUGGGACCACUUCAGGAAAACGUGUCGUCUAUGUUGAUGGAAAGGAAGAAAUAAGGAAAGAAUGGAUGUUUAAAUUAGUGGGUAAAGAAACAUUCACUGUUGGAGCAUCCAAAACAAAAGCUACUAUUAACAUUGAUGCCAUCAGUGGCUUUGCAUAUGAAUAUACUUUGGAGAUCAAUGGGAAAAGUCUCAAGAAGUAUAUGGAGAACAGGUCGAAAACAACCAAUACUUGGGUACUGACUUUGGGUGGUGCAGACUAUAGAGUUGUUCUAGAAAAGGACACGAUGGAUGUGUGGUGCAACGGUCAAAAAAUGGAAACAGCGGGUGAGUUUGUAGAAGAUGGGACUGAAACUCACUUCAGUGUUGGUGAUCACAGCUGUUGCAUUAAGGCUGUCAGUAGUGGGAAACGAAAGGAAGGAAUUAUUCAUACCCUUAUUGUGGAUGACAGAGAAAUCCCAGAGACUGUGGAGUAACCUUCAGUUAACGUAUUAUUGUAGGACUAAGAUAAGGAAUUUUCAAUUACUGUGGUAAUUAUUUUAAUAUGUACUACUUGGUACAUCUGGUUUGUGCUGGGUUUAUUUUCUAGUUUCUGUAUAUGGAAUUAUUCUUUUAUGGACCAGUUGAAAAUUAUUAUAUACAACCUCUUACAUGCCCAUUUUUUAAGGAUUCUAUGUAUAUGUAAGUAUAUAAAUAUAUACAUUAUAUCACCAAGUGCAGAGGAUACUGGUGAGCUUAAGUAGAAAUUAUAUACUAGAAAAUACCUCGCUAUAAUAAAAUGGAAGAUAAAUAUU